AUGAGUGUUGUUGCUACUAGACCGGAGACCUCCGGCUUCUACAGCUCAAUCCCUGAGGACCAUGUUGCCGACUAUGCCACGCCUGUGCAGCCAACUGCCUCGCGAACCUCAUCCGUAUCGUCCUACAGAACCAACUACAGCGCUUCAACCGCGCCGACCGCAUACUCCCCCUCCUCGCCCGCCUCGUCCUAUCGCCAAUUCGACUCGCAGGGCUCGAUCCCCAAGAUCACAGAGCCAAUUCAACGUCGCAUACCCCAGGAGGUGUACGAGGUAAUCAUUCACCACCUGGAGGACAUGCACAAAGGCCAGCACCAAGCAGGAUGCACAACGUGUUUCCAACGCGACCUCCAUGCCUUGUCCUUGACUUGUCGGUCGUGGGAAAAGGCCGUCAGAGCGCCUCUGUAUCACCAUGUUCACAUUGUUGGUAACGAUUCCCCGGCCCAAUUGAAGAAAUACCGUUUGAAGCGCGGGAGUCGCCUGAAACUCCUGAGAAGAACCCUGCGCGAACGAAAGUUGUUGGCCGGUCUGGUUUCCGAGUUGCGCGUGCCGCAAUUGGACCUGCUCUUUACCACCACCAAGCAAAGUGCCCAAUGGCAGGAAUACCGCGACCUCGUGGCAUCGGUGGUCAUGGUGUGCCCGAAUCUGGAGCGUCUCUUGGGAUUGUCUAUCCCCUAUCACCACGAAUUCGACCGUCUGACCCAUGCUUUGUCUACUCGCAAGAAGUUAAAAGAGCACACUUGGGUUCUGGGCGAGGCCGCAGAGGUAUCAGAGGUGUCUCCUCGCGAUGACUUCUGCCCGGGAAGUUUGGGCCCUUCUCAGAUGUUUGAAUUCCUGGACUACCACGCUUCUUGGUCGAGCUUGGAAACAUUGAUGCUUUAUGGAUUGAAUGGCAAUGGCGCGUUAGAGCCUAGCAUCUUCCUACGAAUGUUCGAUCUCCUUCCCUCUUUGCGAAACCUGUGUAUCUCUUCUUUCAACGAGGAUGCCUUUGCCGACAGCACCUUGCUGUGUCUACCGCCAUUGGAGUCAUUGCGACUGGAGAACUUGCCCGGAAUCACCGAUGCCGGUCUUACACAGUAUACCUCGCGACCCGAGUCAAAUUCCCUAAAGACAUUUGUCUUGGUGGAACAGAACAUCGAGUCCCUCCUUGUCAUUUCCAAGAUUCUUUCAUCACUACGACAGCUUGAACGAUUCAAAAUCGUGCAGACAGAAAAAUGCCCAACUCUCCCAAAAGAAAAUAUGGUAUUCCAGCCCAUCCUUGCCUCUUCGACUUUGAAAUACCUUCACUGGGAUGUAGCAUGCCCAGACCCAGGCACUGCUCUCACUCAACUUGAUACCCUCCCCUUUCAGAAAUCCUCCAAAACCUCCAACACCCCCAACUCCCACCUCGCCCAAAGCAUUCUCUCCGCCGGAUUCCCAGAAUUAGAAUCCCUCCGCGCCCCCAAUGACGUGGAACCCCCCGGUGCGCUCCAGGCCACAUGUCGCCCAAUUUUAAAGGGACAAGCCUUGCUCCGACCCGACCGAUACAGUCUCCCCCGCAGCUCGCAUGGGUCUGUGAAUACGCGACCCCUCGCCUUACCAGCCGGCAACAACCUAACCUCUGCUCGGAUCCGCGCCCAAACCUUCAUCGACAUGGCCGCGAAAGACACAGAGGCAGGAAUGCCAGUACUGAUCCAAGAUUACUCGGAUAGCUUUGUGCCCGACAAUGCGCAAUCCUCUCAAUUCGAGGAUGAGGCUGACCAGGAAAUGGACGACUACGGAAUCUGGGCCGCUGCCGAGCGAUACAAACACCAGGAAAACAACCAUGACGGACCAAAGACCGUCUACGAGUUCCACAUGCCAGCCUUCAUGGGUCGUAGCGGUGUUAGAGAUCCCGCUACCGGUGCAUCGAUCCCUCAAUUCAUCCUCCGCCCCGAUAUCACAGGCCAGGAAGCUGACGGUGGGUUGAUUGGGUGGAAGCAACUUCUCGCAUCGAAUCAAUCCCUCUCAUACGCCGCUGGAGUAGGCGUCAACUGCUUCGAGAAGGGCUCAAGUCCUCCCAUUCCGCCUCCUGAAGAGGUUGCCUCGCCUUCAUCGAGCACAUCUCGCUUCGGCUGGGGCAGCUUGAGUGGUCGGUCGGUCAUGGGCACAUCCCCUUCGACGCCUGUCACACCAAUCACACCAAUGAGCAGUAUGUCUAGCCAGGCAUUGCCGUGGGAAAAGGAUACCUGCACUGGAUCCUGGAACCACAAAACGGGCCGGGAGUGGUGGUUCCAUAUGGAGCGUGAUCGCCCGAGCAAUACAGAGCUCAUUGAUACCAAGCAACUCUUCUGA